CGAUGAGGCUCUGGACUCUGGCUGGCGUUGUCUUGACAACAGCAUCACUGGCGUACUCGCAAGGACCAGCCCGGGGACCAGAUCCUUUUCCUUCCGGGUCUGGCGGAACAACCAACCUUCAAGCAGUACUCCGGAUUCUUGAGUGUGGGAGCAACGCGAAAGAUGUUCUACUGGUUUGUAGCGAGCCAAGGAACACCUGAGAAGGAUCCCGUGCUGUUGUGGCUAGACGCGGGACCCGGAUGCAGCUCCAUGGUGACCAUGUUCAAAGAACACGGCCCGUUCCGUGUCGCCGACAAAGGAAAAAGCCUCGUCGAAAACGCUUACAGCUGGAACAAGCUUGCCAACGUGCUCUACUUGGAGGCACCCGCAUCUGUCGGCUUCUCCUACGACGUAGCGGCCAACUACACCAGCAACGACGACUCCACUGUAGACGACAUACAGGGCGCUUUGACAGAUUUCUUCGAGAAAUUUGGCAGUUUGAAGGGGAAUGAUUUCUACCUCUCUGGCAAAGGAAGCGCUGCUGCCUACGUCACCAUCUUGGCAUCCCGCCUCCUCAAAGAUCCUAGCGGAAUCAAGCUGAAGGGAUAUGCCAUCGGAAACGGUGCGCUCGACUUUCGGUCUAACGGGAACUCUCUCCUCCUGUUCGGGCAGUACCACGGCAUACUCGAUCCAUUGUUGUGGAGGCAGCUGUUGUCAUCGUGUUGCAACGGAAGCGCAUCCGAAGAGACGUGCAGCUUCGUCGAGCCGCCUUUCAUAUCACUGGAAUGUGACACCGCAGUAGAAGUUGCGGCGCACUUGAUCAUCGAGAGAGGCCUCAACAACUACGACCUUUAUGACCAAUGCAUCGGCUUUCAACCUAACCUGGGGAACGGGGCAAAGACUGAGCAUGAAAUGCAAGACUCAACGUUUACUACGCCGCACCUCAGGGCGCAACAGCUAGUGCUGCGAAGCCUCAGCGUGAAACCACGGCGUCAACUGAAUCUCAAGUCAAACCCGCCGUGUGUGACGUACGACGAUGUGGCCACCUAUCUGAAUCAGCCCCAGGUGCGGAAGGCUUUGCAUAGUGCGGACUCACCGAUGCUCUGGACACCGUGCAGCGACCGUCUAGUCUACGCCACCCAGUACAUCACGCUUGGAGACGUCGUGAAAAAACUUGUAGAUUCCGGAAAACUCAAGUCAUUGUUCUACAACGGGGACACAGACCUGACAUGCAACAUUGUUGGCAACCAAAUGUUCGUCGACAGCCUUGGCUACGAGGUCCUGUCCGAGUACAAGCCUUGGAAGCUCCGUGACGAGGUAGCAGGGUACUACCAGACCUACAAAGGAAACAUCACCUUCGUGACAAUCAAGGGAGCCGGGCACCUCGCUGCACAAACCAAGGCGGAGGAGGCAUUUUACGUCAUUUCCCGACUCCUCAAGGACGAUGCGUAAUGAAGUUAGCUGCAUCUGCGAACGUUCUGGAUCUCAGAAAGUCAGAGCGGUUUAUUCGUUCACUGUGACAUUUGCGACGGUAUCCCCCCCCCCCAAAUAAAUAAAUA